AUGGGCCGGAAUAAGCUGCUCUUCCUGGGCACCCACGGGCAGAAGUGGUUCCCACGGCACUGGAUGAGUGCCAUCAGCGCGCUCCAGGGAGACGAAGUGAAUGCAAUAUUAGAUUUAGUGUCUACUGUGGAAGACACUGGGGACACUUACUGGGUAUGUGAUGACAGUGGACGAUUUUGUGAUUUUACUGUAAAUGAGAAUGCAAUCUACAACAAGUUUGAAGCCUGUGCGUUCCGUUACAAUGGGCUCUCCUUUGUCUACCUCAUCUACCUCCUGCUCAUUCCUCUGUUUUCAGAACCCACAAAAGCAACGAUGCAAGGGCAUACAGGACGAUUAUUAAAAUCUCUGUGUUUCACCAGUCUAUCAUUUCUGCUGCUGCACAUCAUCUUUCAAAUUACAAUAAACAGUCUUGAAGCUGGAAAAAAUAUUGAACCUGGUUUUAACUGUUCAACAUGGGAGAAAACAUUACGGCAGAUUGGUUUUGAAAGUGUGAAAGGAGCUGAUGCUGGCAACGUGAUCAGACUAUUUGUACCAGAUAUUGGGAUGUUCAUUGCUAGUCUGGCAAUAUGGCUCGUCUGCCGCAACAUUGUUCAGAAGCCAAUAACCGAGGAUGCAGCGCAGUACAACAUGCAAUUUGAAAAUGAGGAAAUGGCUGUAAGAGAAAAGUUAGAGCCGGAUGAUGCUUUGAUGUAUGAAGAAGACUUGGAUGAUGAAGACUGUGGUGAAGCAGAAUUUGAGGAAACCACAAAAUUAAAACUGCUGCGUAGAAUUGCCUCCCUAGCAUCCAAACUGAAGGAGUUUAUUGGCAACAUUAUAGCCACCACUGGAAAAGUUAUUGUUACAGUUUUACUUGGUUCAACAGGUAUGAUGGUGCCAUCUUUGACCUCAGCUGUGUAUUUCUUUGUAUUUUUGGGGCUGUGCACAUGGUGGUCCUGUUGCCAAGUGUUUGAUCCGCUGAUAUUCAGCUGUCUGUGUGUAUUAAUGGCUAUAUUCAGUGCAGGACACUUGAUUGGACUUUAUCUAUACCAGCUACAGUUCUUUCAGGAAGUUGUUCCCCCGAAAGAUUUCUAUGCCAGGCUGUUUGGUGUCACUUCUCUUACUCAGACAAACUGUUCAAGCACUUGGAUGAUCAUAAAAAAUCAAGAAUUACACUGGUAUCACCAUGCUAAUCCAAUCUUACUGCUGGUGAUGUACUACACCCUCGCAACUCUUAUCCGUCUUUGGCUGCAAGAGCCUAUUGUAAUGGAGGUGCCUGAUGAAGAGAAAUCUCGUAACAGAGAAGACGAUAAAGAAAUAGCCUGCAGCCCACUUCCGAUGACAGCAGAGAGAAGACGUAGUCUGUGGUACGCAAGCCACUACACAACUGAUGAGAGAAAACUUCUGUCAAUGACCCAAGAUGAAUACAAGCCAUCAGAUGUUUUGCUGGUAACAGUGAAUGGGAACCCUGUUGACUAUCACACCAUCCACCCCACACUUCCAUUAGAAAAUGGUCCAGCCAAAGCAGACAUGUACUCAACACCACAGUACAAAUGGGAGCCUUCGGAUGACAUGUCAGAAAAGGAAGAGGAGGAGGAGGAGGAGGAAGAGGAAGUUACUCAGGAGGAAAAAGAAAACGUUAAAUUACAUGCCAUGGUCUCUGUGUUCCAAUUUAUCAUGAAACAAAGUUACAUUUGUGCUCUGAUAGCUAUGAUGGCUUGGAGUAUCACAUACCACAGCUGGUUGACGUUUGUGUUACUGAUCUGGUCCUGCACACUGUGGAUGAUUCGGGACAGAAGGAAAUACGCUAUGAUCAGUUCACCAUUCAUGGUUUUCUAUGGAAAUUUACUGCUAACAUUGCAGUAUAUAUGGAGUAUUGAGCUCAAGAAUGAUGAGCUUCCUGAAGUAUCAGGAUUUUUAGAAAGAAAGGAACCUGGGGAAUUAGCAUCUAAGAUUCUUUUCACGAUUACUUUCUGGCUACUGCUUAGGCAACACCUCACAGAGCAGAAAGCACUUCAGCUAAAAGAAGCUGCUUUAUCUGAGGUCAAAGUUAGAAGUGAAGAGGAUGAAGAAAAAGGAGAGGAAUUGCAAGAGGGAGAAGUGGCAGAAGAGGAGGAAGAGGGGGAAGAGGAAGAGGAUGAUGACGAUGAACAGGAUAUUAUGAAAGUCCUGGGGAAGCUGGUGAUGGCUAUGUUCAUCAAGUACUGGAUUUACGUCUGUGGGGGCAUGUUCUUCUUUGUCAGCUUUGAGGGUAGAAUUGUCAUGUACAAAAUCAUCUAUAUGGUACUCUUCCUGUUCUGUGUGGCCCUCUAUCAGGUGCACUAUGAAUGGUGGAGAAGGAUUUUAAAGUACUUUUGGAUGUCAGUGGUUGUUUACACGAUGUUGGUGCUUAUCUUCAUCUAUACCUACCAGUUCAAGUCAUUCCCAGGGUUGUGGAAGAACAUGACAGGCCUGGAUGAAAACAAACUAGCGGAUCUUGGUUUAAAACAGUUUUCUGUGGCUGAGCUAUUCACACGCAUCUUUAUCCCCACCUCCUUCCUACUAGCAUGUAUUUUACACCUUCACUACUUCCAUGAUCGUUUCCUCCAGCUCACUGAUUUAAAAGCAGUAACCAGCAAACAGGACAACACUAUUUACAGACUGGUACACCAAGAUGGAAGCCUGCCUGAUAUAACUAUGAUGAAUUUAACAGCCAGCCAUGAAAAGGAAGAGGAUAAAAUGCUAGAAGAGGCUGGUGAUAAAAGAAUGGAAGAGCCAGAUGGGGAGGGAGGGAAAGCGAAGGAUGAAAAAGGAAAAGAAGAAAAUGAAGAAGACAAGGAGAAGGAAGAAGAUGAUGAAGACAAUGAAUCAGAGGAGGAAGAAACUACAGACUUAAGGAACAAGUGGCAUCUGGUGAUCGACCGCCUUACAGUGCUGUUUUUGAAAUUCCUCGAGUAUUUUCAUAAGAUGCAAGUCUUUGUGUGGUGGCUUUUGGAGCUGCACAUCAUCAAGAUUGUUUCCUCUUACAUCAUCUGGGUCACGGUGAAAGAGGUGUCUCUGUUUAACUUUGUGUUUUUAAUUGCCUGGGCUCUUGCUUUGCCAUAUGCUCAGUUUCGCCCACUGGCAUCCAGUAUCUGCACUGUUUGGACAUGUGUGAUUAUUGUCUGCAAAAUGUUGUACCAGCUCACGUCUAUUGAUCCCAGCACUUUUUCCAGUAACUGUACAUUGCCUGGAGAGAAUGAAACUGCAGUGAAUUUAGAAGAACUGAAAACUUCAGUUCUCUACAGUGGGCCAGUUGAUCCUGCCGAGUGGGUUGGACUGAGGAAAUCUUAUCCCCUGCUUGUGUACUUAAGGAAUAAUCUACUGAUGCUGGCUAUACUGGCCUUUGAAGUUACAAUUUACCGUCAUCAAGAGUACUACAGAUGUCGAAAUAAUCUUACUGCACCUGUGACUAAAACCAUUUUCCAUGAUAUUACAAGAGCACAUCUGGAUGAUGGACUGGUAAACUGUGUCAAGUAUUUCAUAAACUACUUCUUCUACAAGUUUGGUUUGGAGACCUGUUUUCUUCUGUCGGUUAAUGUAAUUGGUCAACGAAUGGAUUUCUAUGCCAUGAUUCAUGCCUUCUGGUUGAUUGCUGUAUUGUAUCGACGUAGAAGAAAAGCUAUUGCAGAGAUCUGGCCAAAGUAUUGCUGUUUUCUGGCAUGCAUCAUUACGUUCCAGUACUUCCUUUGUAUUGGCAUUCCACCUGCUCCUUGUAAAGACUAUCCAUGGAGAAGCGGUAAUGCCAGCUUCAACUCCAACAUCAUAAAGUGGUUAUACUUUCCAGACUUCAUUGUGAAACCAAAUCCUGUCUUCCUUGUCUAUGAUUUCAUGUUGCUGCUCUGUGCAUCCUUGCAAAGGCAAACAUUUGAGGAUGAAAAUAAAGCUGCAGUACGAAUCAUGGCUGGAGACAACGUGGAAAUUUGCAUGAAUCUCGAGGCAUCAUCGUUUAGCCAGCAUAAUCCUGUUCCUGACUUCAUUCACUGCCGGUCCUACUUAGAUAUGUAUAAGGUGAUAAUAUUUAGUUACCUCUUCUGGGUUGUGCUUACUAUAAUCUUCAUAACCGGAACCACAAGGAUCAGUAUAUUCUGUAUGGGCUACUUGGUAGCCUGCUUCUAUUUCCUUCUCUUUGGUGGAGACCUGCUAUUGAAGCCCAUCAGGAGCAUUCUGCGUUACUGGGACUGGCUGAUUGCGUACAAUGUCUUUGUGAUUACUAUGAAGAACAUUCUCUCGAUAGGGGCAUGUGGCUACAUUGAAUCACUGAUCAAGAAUAGUUGCUGGUUGAUUCAGGCAUUUAGCCUGGCCUGUACAGUUAAAGGCUACCGUAUUCCAAGUGGCAAUCUAGAUUGUAAACUGCCCAGUGGUGAAGCAGGAAUCAUCUGGGACAGCAUAUGUUUUGCUUUCCUGUUGCUACAAAGAAGAGUCUUCAUGAGUUACUACUUCCUGCAUGUGGUUGCUGAUAUAAAAGCUUCACAGAUCCUGGCAUCAAGGGGUGCUGAGCUUUUUCAGGCUACAAUUGUCAAGGCUGUAAAGGCAAGAAUUGAAGAGGAAAAAAAAUCAAUGGAUCAACUGAAGAGACAAAUGGAUCGCAUCAAAGCCAGGCAGCAAAAAUAUAAAAAGGGUAAAGAGAGAAUGCUGAGCAUGAACCAGGAGUCAUCAGAAGGGCAAGACCUUCAGAAGGUUUCUGAGGAAGAUGAUGAAGGAGAAGCAGACAAAGAGAAAGCCAAGGGCAAAAAAAAGCUGUGGUGGCGGCCUUGGGUUGAUCAUGCUUCCAUGGUCAGAAGUGGAGAUUAUUAUUUGUUUGAGACGGAUAGUGAAGAGGAAGAGGAAGAGGAAAAAAAGGAAGAGGAAGAGCCUCGGAAAAAAUCUGCAUUCCAGAGAGCUAUUGGGAAAUUUGCUUCAGCCAUUUUAGCCUUGCCAAAGUCUAUCCUUAAACUGCCCAAAACUAUUCUUCAGUAUUUAAUCAGAGCAGCAAAGUUUGUUUAUCAAGCCUGGAUUACUGAUCCUAAAACUGCGCUACGACAGAGACGCAAAGAGAAGAAAAGGUUUGGCAAAGAGGACAAGCGAAGGCGAAAAGGAUCUGGGGAUGGUGCUGUUGAUGGGGACUGUGAAGACAGUGAAGAGGAACCUGUCAAGAAGAAAUCUGAUGGACCAGAUAACAUCAUCAAGAGGAUAUUUAAUAUUUUGAAGUUCACUUGGGUCCUUUUCCUGGCAACACUAGACAGUUUUACAGCUUGGCUUAAUUCCAUCUCAAGAGAACACAUCGAUAUCUCUACUGUGCUAAGAAUCGAGCGCUGUAUGCUGACCAGGGAAAUUAAGAAGGGUAAUGUUCCAACUCGGGAGAGCAUCCAUAUGUACUACCAGAACCACAUGAUGAAACUCUCUAAGGAAUCAGGACUGGAUUCAGUUGAUAAAAAUCCUGGUCAAGCUUCUGGUUUGCAAGCAUCUGAAAGAAUGGAUAGUUUAGAUUCAGCAGCUUCUCGUGACAGUAUGUCCAGUGAACCUACACAGGUCACCAUGCUCUGUUCUCGUCAGGGGACAACAGAAACCAUUGAGGAGGUAGAAGGGGAGCAUGAUGAGGAAGGAGUGCAUUCUGCAUCAAGACAGGAGGAAGAGGAGGUGGAAGAUUACAGCCUGGAUUCAGAAGGAGCUGCAUAUACUCCUGAUACUGAUGUGCCAUUGUAUUCCACCGUGGAUAGCAAUGUAGAAGCCCCACCUUCCUAUAGCAAAGCUGUCAGCUUUGAACACCUUUCCUUUGGUUCCCAAGAUGACUCAGCUGGUAAGAGCCUCAUGAUGGUGAGCCCAGAUGACAGUCGGACGGACAAACUUAAUGAUACAAUUCUCCCUCCGCUGACGCACGAGCUAACAGCCAGUGAGCUGCUUCUGAACAAGAUGUUUCAUGACGAAGAACUAGAGGAAUCAGAGAAAUUCUAUGCUGGUCAGCCUCGAGUCUUGCUUCUUAUUUAUGCCCUGUACAAUACCCUGGUGGCCCGGUCAGAAAUGGUGUGCUAUUUUGUGAUCAUCCUUAACCAUAUGAUCUCUGCCUCCAUGAUAACCUUGGUGCUUCCCAUCCUUAUCUUCCUUUGGGCCAUGCUGUCUGUUCCUAGGCCAAGCAAACGUUUCUGGAUGACAGCCAUUGUCUACACUGAGGUGGCCAUUGUUAUCAAGUACUUCUUCCAGUUUGGCUUCUUCCCUUGGAAUAAAUAUGUGGAUUACACAAAAGAUAAACCUUACCAUCCACCCAAUAUUAUUGGCAUUGAGAAGAAAGAGGGUUAUGUGCACUAUGAUCUCGUUCAGCUCCUUGCUUUAUUCUUCCACAGAUCCAUUUUAAAGUGCCAUGGAUUAUGGGAUGAAGACGAGAAAGGGGAGAACUCGAGUAGUAAAGAGGAUACUGAUGAUGAGCUGUCCCUGACAGGAGGCAGGAGAGACUCUUCUGGCUCUCUGAAAUCCGUCAAUCUCGCAGCGUCGGUGGAGUCCAUCCAUGUCCACUUCCCCGAGCAGCAGACUGCUAUCAGGAGGAAGAGCUCCAGCAGUGGAUCACAGCUUUCACACAGGUCCAGCUUCUCAUCACACAGAUCUAAAAGAGGAAGCACCAGUACACGAAACAGCAGUCAGAAAGGAAGCAGUGUGUUAAGCAUCAGGCAGAAAUCUAGGAAAGAGCUUAUUAUGGAAAAGUUUCGAGAGCAAAUGAUCAAAGCCAAGGCAUUUACAGUUAAAAAGGCUCUCCAAGUGUAUGUGCCCAUCAGACAGUUUUUCUACAAUCUUAUUCAUCCAGACUACAGUGCGGUGACUGAUGUGUAUGUGCUGAUGUUCCUUGCCGAUACAGUGGACUUCAUCAUCAUUGUGUUUGGAUUUGGGGCUUUUGGGAAACACUCUGCAGCAGCAGAUAUCACCUCUUCACUAUCAGAGGACCAGGUCCCAGAGGCAUUUCUGGUGAUGGUGCUCAUUCAGUUUGGUACCAUGGUGGUAGACCGAGCACUGUACCUCAAAAAGACUGUCAUGGGAAAGGUCAUCUUCCAGGUCAUCCUUGUUUUCGGAAUACAUUUCUGGAUGUUCUUUAUCUUGCCUGGAGUGACAGAAAGGAAAUUUAGCCACAACACAGUGGCCCAGCUCUGGUAUUUUGUGAAAUGUGUUUAUUUUGGCUUAUCAGCAUAUCAGAUACGCUGUGGAUAUCCGACUCGUGUUCUUGGCAACUUCCUCACAAAAAGCUAUAACUAUGUGAACCUUUUCUUAUUUCAAGGAUUCCGCCUGGUUCCAUUUUUGACUGAGCUGAGAGCAGUAAUGGACUGGGUUUGGACUGAUACCACGUUGAGUCUUUCCAGCUGGAUCUGUGUUGAAGACAUCUAUGCGCACAUUUUCAUCUUGAAAUGUUGGCGAGAGUCAGAAAAAAGAUAUCCCCAACCAAGAGGCCAGAAGAAAAAGAAAGUUGUGAAGUAUGGAAUGGGUGGCAUGAUUAUCGUCUUGCUGAUUUGUAUUGUCUGGUUCCCACUGCUCUUCAUGUCUUUAAUCAAAUCUGUUGCAGGCGUCACCAACAAGCCUCUAGAUGUAUCAAUCACAAUAACUCUAGGAGGUUAUCAGCCUAUUUUUACAAUGAGUGCUCAGCAGAGCCAGCUCAAGGAUUUGAAUCAGACUGGUUUCAAUGCAUUUCUGGGAAGCUAUAGGGGUAACACUGCUGCUUUGCAGUUUCUAGAAGGCUAUGGAAAAGAAGAUAUUACUCUAGCAGAUCUAGAAGGGAAUUCAAACUCUUUGUGGACCAUCAGCCCUCCCAGUAGAGAGAAAAUGAUACAGGGACUGCUGGAUUUUUCGGCUGAGUUCACUGUAGUUCUUUCAUGGAGCAUUCAAAGAAAUCUUACUCUUGGUGCCAGAGCAGAAAUAGCAUCAGAUAAACUUACCUUUAUCCUGCCAGAGAACACCAGAAGAGAUAUUGCUACAAUGAUGUCUGGACAGCAAUUGGAAAAGGUUACAUUAGAGACAGUGUACCCGUACUACAUUAAGGCUCCUAGUGAUUCUCUGGCAAAGCCCAUAAAGCAGCUAUUGACAGACUGCAGAUGGGAAAACAUUACUGUUUCCCUGGUCAAAAAUGUGUCUGAUGAGGGAGUUCGUGAGUGGUGGGUUUUGAAUCAGCUUGGGAAAAGAUAUAAAACAUCUGAAGAGAGUCUUGAACUCUUUGUAUUCAGUGAUAAAGUCAGUCCUCCAAGCCUUGGAUUCUUGGCCGGUUAUGGUAUCAUGGGACUUUACGCCUCGGUUGUCCUGGUGAUAGGGAAGUUUGUCCGUGAAUUUUUCAGUGGGAUCUCUCACUCCAUCAUGUUUGAGGAGCUGCCCAAUGUAGACCGAAUCUUGAAGUUGUGUACUGACAUUUUCUUAGUGCGAGAGACUGGAGAACUGGAACUGGAAGAAGAUCUGUAUGCCAAGCUAAUAUUCCUGUAUCGCUCACCAGAGACUAUGAUCAAGUGGACUAGGGAAAAAACUAAUUGAUCUCUUUGGUGUUACACUGCGAAUCAAGUUGAUUUCAUCUGAAUUUUAAAGAAAAAAAGCACAAUAUUCUCUUAAGAGCUAAGCCUUUUAUAGUUAGGUAGCAAAGGUUUUUCACUGAUGGAUUCCUGGAAGCUACGACCUUAGGAGUCCAUGCUGCCUUUCAAAUUAAGGAUCAACAGUGAAGAAGGUUGGAUGAUUUGCUAUUUUUAAAGUGCCACUCCUGUAAAAUCUGGGGACUGCUUUGUAAUUUAAUCAACAAAAAAUUUGCAUCCUUGUCUGGCUAAUUUGAUUUUCCAGAUGAUAAUUACCCUUAAAGAGAGAAGAAAGGAAGGAGUGAACCCACAGAUGACUCCAGUGUACCUUCUUCACCUUUUCUGGAGCCAUACAGUUUGGAUUGUGCAAUAUGCUGUUGUACAUCACUGACUUUCAAGCUACAGUAAUGGGACGCUGACUAGCCUUCAGGACACCCAAGACACAGGGCCGUAGUGGGAGCUGAAGACGUUCUAGCCAUUCCCAUUUGUAGAAGAGCAGAGGUUUUGAUGUACAAAGGACACUGUGGACAAGCCUCUGUUAGCAAAAAGAAAACAAGCAACAAUCUCUUUAAAUGCCUUAUUUUAUUUGUACAGUCAUAGAAGACAUUUCCACCAAACAUCAAUGACUUUUCUCAGGAAAAAAAAAAAAACAACUGAAACUUGACACUCUGUCAAGGAUAACUAAUGGCUA